UCAGGAAUCAGGACUCACUCACACAUUCCUCCUCCUCCUGCAAGUGUGGAGCGAAGCCGGCGCAGAAGGAGCAGCAGCCGUGUCCGGCCACCGGGUCCUCUCACCUCCCCUCCUCCUCCUCCGCCUCCGCACAGGCACGGAGGACAGGGCGAACACUUGGAGACGGAGCAGCCAGAGAAAAAGUGACGUUAGAUUCAAGUUGCGGUUCCAGAGAAGAAGAGUUGCCCCGUUAACCCCGCUGCUGCUGGGGGUUAACGCCACGACGCCGCGCUCGACAUGGAUAAAGUUAUCAAUUGCUUGUUUGCUGCGUUGACCCUGCUGCUGUGCGCCCGAGGGGAAGUUUUCAAAGGCGAUUGUGACUUCGAGAAGCCGCUGGCGGCGUGCGGCUACAGCCAAGGCCGGGACGACGACCUCGACUGGGAGCAGAGCAACACCAGAGAGAAACCUCCAUCAGACCCGUGGAUGCCCUCAGGCUCUGCCUUUGUGAUGGUGAACACCUCCGGACGCUUCGCCGGGCAGAAGGCCUUGCUGCUGACUCCCCAGCUGAAGGAGAACGACACCCACUGCGUCACCUUCAGCUUCUACAUCGGAGGCCGGGACAGCAGCCACCCGGGCCACCUGAACGUCUACAUCAAGGAGAACAACAGUCCCAUGGGGAUGCCGGUGUGGAACGUGUCGGGUCCGGCCACUCGCUCCUGGUCCCAGGUGGAGCUGGCAGUCAGCACCUACUGGCCCAACCUCUACCAGAUUGUGUUUGAAGCCGUAACCUCAGGGCAGCGCGGCCUGCUGGCCAUCAAAGACGUCGUGGUCCAGGGCCACCAAUGCAUGAACACACCUCAUUUCCUGACUAUAAAGGGAGUGGAGGUCAACGCUGGGCAGACGGCUUCGUUCCACUGCACCGUCAACGGACGCAAGAGGGACAACUUCCGCCUCUGGCUGCAGGGCAUCGGCGGACGGGAGGCCCCGAUGAAAGCCACCAAACCUUGGAACAACCGGCGCUUCAUCGGCACUUUCGACGUGGAGAACACGACCAAGGGCGACUCGGGCCGCUACCGCUGCAUCGUCCACUCGGACAAAGGCGUCGGAGUGUCCAAUUACGGGGAGCUCACCAUAAAACAGCCCCCUGUGCCUAUUGCACCCCCCCAGCUGACCGCUGUCGGCGCCACCUACCUCUGGAUCCAGUUGAACGCCAACUCCAUCAACGGGGACGGGCCGAUCAUCGACCGGGAGGUGGAGUACCGCACGGUGUCGGGCACCAUGUACGACCUGCAGCCCGUGGACAAGACCACACACAAGAUCGGCCAUCUGGACCCGGACACCGAGUACGAGAUCAGCGUCCUGCUGACCCGACCUCUGGAGGGAGGCACCGGGGCCCCGGGGCCGCCCCUGAGGGCCAGGACCAGAUGUGCCGAGCCCAUGCACGGCCCACGCAAGCUGGAGGUGGUGGACAUCCAGUCCAAGCAGGUGACCGUGCGCUGGGAGCCACUGGGCUACAACGUGACCCGCUGCCACAGCUACAACCUGACGGUCCAGUACCGCUCCCGGGUGGCCGGCAAGGAGGAGACCCGGGAGGAGGUGUGCUACGACACGCAGAGCCGCGACCCGCAGCACACCAUCCACAACCUGACGCCCUUCACCAACCUCAGCGUCAAGCUGGUGCUCCGCAACCCGGAGGGGGUCAAGGAGAGCACGGAGCUCGAGGUGCAGACGGACGAGGAUGUGCCGGGGGCCGUUCCUCUGGACUCCAUUCAGGGCAGUGCCUACGAGGAGAAGAUCAUCCUGAAGUGGAGGGAGCCGGCGCAGACCUACGGGAUCAUCACUCAGUUCGAGAUCUCCUACAAGGCGGUCAGCUCCUUCGACCCCGAGCUGGACCUCUCCAACCAGAGUGGGAAGGUGGUGAAGCUGGGCAACGAGACCACCCACACGUUCACAGGCCUCUACCCGGGCUCCACCUACUCCUUCACCCUGCGCGGCAGCACGGCCAAGGGCUACGGCCCCCCAGUCAUCACCCAGUUCACCACCAAGAUCUCAGCUCCCUCCAUGCCGGCGUACGAUCAGGAGACAUCUCUGAACCAGACAGACAGCACAGUGACUGUACUGCUGAAACCUGCCCAGAGCAGAGGUGCACCAGUGAGUGCCUACCAGGUGGUGGUGGAGGAGGAACGUCCACGCAGAGCACGAGGCACGGCAGAAAUCCUGCGCUGCUAUCCAGUUCCCAUUCACUUCCAGAACGCCACGCUCCUGAACUCCCAGUACUACUUCACCGCUCAGUUCCCUGCCGCUGGCAUCCACUCUCCCCAGCCCUUCACUGUGGGGGACAACAAGACCUACAACGGCUACUGGAACGCAGCCCUGCUGCCCCAGAAGAGCUACAGCAUCUACUACCAGGCCGUCAGCACAGCCAAUGGGGAGACCAAAAUCGACUGUGUCCGCGUCGCCACCAAAGCCGCCAUUCUCGUGACUCAGCUCACAACCCCCUACCUCCGCGUGGCCCCAGCGGCUGGUGACAACCAACUAACAGGAGCAGCCACUCACAAGCCCGACGCCGUGGAGCCCGAGAAGCAAACCGACCACACGGUGAAGAUCGCCGGGGUCAUCGCCGGCAUCCUCCUCUUCGUCAUCAUCUUCUUGGGAGUCGUGCUCCUCAUGAAGAAAAGAAGAACCUAUCACUCCUACACUUACUACCUGAAAUUGGCCAAGAAGCGUAAGGAGACGCUGAGCAGCACCCGGCAGGAAAUGACCGUGAUGGUCAACUCCAUGGACAAGAGCUACACGGAGCAGGGCACCAACUGCGACGAGGCGCUGUCCUUCAUGGACACACACAGCCACACGCUCAACACACACAGCCACACGCUGAACACGCUGAACACACGCAGCGAGUGUGCGCUCACACUCACCGGUCGCAGCGAGUGCAACCUCACGCUCAACGGUCGAGCUGGAUCAUCCCCCUCUUCCUUCACGCUGCCCAAAGCCAACACUCUGACUGCAUCCAUCCCCACCAACGCCUACUACCCAGAUCCCUUUGUGCCAACCGCCAUCCUAGACGAGAGCCAGAACAUGGGCAGCGACACCAGCAGCCUGGUGCAGUCCCACUCCCUGAGGAAGAGGGAGCCGGUGGACGUGCCCUACCAGACGGGUCAGCUGCACCCGGCCAUCCGCGUGGCCGACCUCCUCCAGCACAUCACCCAGAUGAAGUGCGCCGAGGGCUACGGCUUCAAGGAGGAGUACGAGAGCUUUUUUGAAGGACAGUCGGCGCCAUGGGACUCUGCCAAGAAGGAUGAGAACCGCAUGAAGAACCGAUAUGGGAAUAUUAUUGCAUAUGAUCACUCCCGUGUCAGGCUGCAGGCCCUGGAGGGGGAACAGAGCUCCGAUUACAUUAAUGCAAAUUACGUUGAUGGUUACCACAGGCCGAACCACUACAUCGCGACUCAAGGGCCGAUGCAGGAGACGGUGUUCGACUUCUGGAGGAUGGUCUGGCAGGAGAACACGGCAGCCAUCGUCAUGGUGACCAACCUGGUGGAAGUGGGACGGGUGAAGUGCUGCAAGUACUGGCCCGAUGACACGGAGAUCUACCGGGACAUCAAGGUGACGCUGAUAGAGACCGAGCUGCUGUCGGAGUACGUCAUCAGGACCUUCGCUGUGGAGAAGAGAGGGGCUCACGAGAUCCGGGAGAUCCGACAGUUCCACUUCACGGGCUGGCCGGACCACGGCGUCCCCUACCACGCCACAGGGCUGCUGGGCUUCAUCCGGAGGGUGAAGUCCAAGACCCUGACCAAUGCUGGACCCAUGGUGGUUCACUGCAGCGCCGGCGCCGGUCGGACCGGCUGCUUCAUCGUCAUCGACAUCAUGCUGGACAUGGCCGAGCGAGAGGGCGUGGUGGAUAUUUACAACUGUGUGAGGGAGCUGCGCUCGCGGAGGGUCAACAUGGUGCAGACUGAGGAGCAGUAUGUCUUCAUCCACGACGCCAUCUUGGAGGCGUGCCUCUGCGGCGACACCACCAUACCCGCCAGUCAGCUGCGCUCCGUCUACUACGACAUGAACCGCCUGGACCCGCAGACCAACUCCAGCCCCAUCAAGGAGGAGUUCAGGACGCUGAACAUGGUGACGCCCACGCUGCGGGUGGAGGACUGCAGCAUCGCCCUGCUGCCCCGGAACCACGAGAAGAACCGCUGCAUGGACGUGCUGCCGCCGGACCGCUGCCUCCCCUUCCUGAUCACCAUCGACGGGGAGAGCUCCAACUACAUCAACGCCGCGCUCAUGGACAGUUAUAAGCAGCCCUCUGCGUUCAUCGUGACCCAGCACCCGCUGCCCAACACGGUGAAGGACUUCUGGAGACUGGUGCUGGACUACCACUGCACCUCCAUAGUGAUGCUCAACGACGUGGACCCAGCCCAGUUGUGCCCACAGUACUGGCCAGAAAACGGCGUCCACCGACAUGGACCCAUCCAGGUGGAGUUUGUCUCCGCCGACCUGGAGGAGGACAUCAUCAGCAGAAUAUUCCGGAUCUACAACGCAGCGCGGCCUCAGGACGGCUACCGGAUGGUGCAGCAGUUCCAGUUCCUGGGCUGGCCCAUGUACAGGGACACGCCCAUGUCCAAGCGCUCCUUCCUCAAGCUGAUCCGACAGGUGGACAAGUGGCAGGAGGAGUACGACGGGGGCGAGGGACGCACUGUGGUCCACUGUCUGAACGGAGGAGGCCGCAGUGGAACCUUCUGUGCCAUCAGCAUCGUGUGUGAGAUGCUGCAGCACCAGCGCUCGGUGGAUGUGUUCCACGCCGUCAAGACUCUGAGGAACAACAAACCCAACAUGGUGGAUCUACUGGACCAGUACAAGUUCUGCUACGAGGUGGCGCUGGAGUACUUGAACACUGGGUAACUGGGAGCGACUGAACCCACCAGAGACUCAAAGCUUGGGACCUUACAUGUGUGCAUUGUGCUAAGAGUGUGAGUGUGUGUGUGUGUGUGUGUGGUUGUGUGUGUGUUCCUGACCCAACAGGAGCGAGGUACACACCACACAUGCAGCUCCUCUCACCAACCAGCUCCUUUCUUCUCCUGGUCUUCAGUCGGUGUAAAUGGGAAAGGAAGGAGAGUUGUACAGCGUUUAAAUAUAAACCGCAGCCUGCGUCUGUCAUUAGCGGCUGAAGGGAGCCCAGCAGGAGCACAAUGAGGUUUUAUUUUUUCUCCUGCAGUGAGUCGCCUCUUCUCUGGAUCUCUCUCUCCGUUUCCGUCUCUCUCUCCUCCGCCGCCGCCGCCUGUGGUUCCCGUGGAUGUUGCCUUGAUGCUGAUUGGACGACGAGGAUCGAAUCCAGUUUCUCUGUGGAAUGCGAUGCACUGUACAUAAUGAAAUGUGUUAUUUUUAUUCUUCUGUUGUUUAUUUUUUUUGCUCAGCUUAUUAAUUUUUGAAAAAAAAGUCAUUGAAUGCAGGAGCUCAAAGCCUAAAUGUUACUAAAUGUCCUGUGAAUUGAUGACUUCUGGGUGAUUGUUGCUUCAUCACUGUUUGCUGGGGGCAGCUGGCUCGGUCUACAUCUGCUUACCCUCCUCCUCCUGUGCAGGGAUCCAAAGCUUUAUUUGCACUUCCAUUGAAUUCUCGUUGUGCAUAUUGUACAUAUUUCUGUAGAUUAUUUAUUCACGGUACGUAAUUCCUUUGUGACUCGCAGUAAGUGACAAUCAUGUGUUCUAUCGGUUUGUUUUAUUGACUGUAUUGUGUGCUCUCUUUUUUUUUGUUCUGGUCAUCUUGGAUGACAGAUUGAUUCCAUUGUAAAGAAAAAUGAUAUUCUAUAAAUGUAUCUACAUUAUAAACAUUG